CUUUUAUAACUCUAACUCUAUUGAUAACUUAAUAUAGUCAUGAUUUCAUUUCAAGUUUUAGUUCUGUUUUGCGCUCGAACACUAAACUUUCAAAAUGACAACUCGGAGUGCGGGGCGGAAAUGCGCUGCUUCGCUGGUCUGUUUCCGUGUGAAGGUGUGAUUGCGAGAGAUUAAUGACCCAGAUAGACAUGAAAACAGGUCCUGCUGCUGGAAGGGUCUAAUGUCAAUUUGCGCAACAGAAAUCUGACUGACAUUGAGCAGUGCUGCGGUGCCAUGCGGCUGUGGCUUCAGGAGGUGUUUGUGUGGACGACUGCUCACAUUUCACAUCAUUUACCUCCCUGUAUUGACGGGCUUUCUGUAACAUUUUUAGGGAAAGGUCCUCUUGCUUAGUUGGAAGAUGCCCAAUGUGGAGCCAAGGAUGCACAGGUGGAAAUGGCCCGCCCAAUUUAUCUCACUGUACCUGGGCUAUCUGUGUUUUCUCUGCUCAAUCUCUGGGGUUUCGGCCAGCAUGUGCACAGUAACGGGUGGUGUACUGGGUAUCCACUGGAGCAGCGUCAUUGGUCUGGGCUGGCGGCCACUGGCAGUGGACGGGGGAGGGCCUCGGUGCUGGGAAUCCUGCUGUUUGAAGCCUUCCUGUGGUGCUGUGUGGAGUCUUGGUGGAAGAUGUGUAUUACUAGCCUGUGCUCGAAAAGAGGGCUGCACCAUUACAUCACUUCCUCAGCCGGAUAGAAAAUCACUGGGGCUUCUGCAGCAGCUGAACAAGAGCAUGCGCAGGAAACCUCGAAAUGCUGAGGAUAUCAGAGUAAUCAGGGAAACGGAGCAUGAAAUAGAUCGGGGCUUGUCUGUGAAACCCACAGCACCACUGACCACAUCCAUUGGUGAAGCUCUUUCACAUACAGCCAGCGAGACCACCAUCCAGUCCACCGGUGGCAGUGGAGAACAGGUAGCGCUCUCAGUGUCUGAGCAUAAUUCUACACUGGAUGCAGACACUGUGGAUCAUUCAGCAUUGAACAACAGUAAUCAGUCACCGCAGUCCACGCCUGACACCCGUGCAGUGACUCUACCAACUACACCAGCUGUGCGAGAGCUGGUCGUGUCUGCUGGCAAAAAUGUGGAGGUCACUUUACCACGCAAUGAGGUGGAGCUGAAUGCUUUUGUAGUGCCAGCGCCCCCUUCAGGGGCUAACUAUGCCUUUGAUUGGCGUUUGAGGACGCAUCCAAAAGACUACAGUGGAGAAAUGGAGGGAAAACGCAGCAAGACGCUUAAGCUCAGUAAGCUGACAGUGGGCCUCUAUGAGUUUGAAGUGGUAGUGGAUGGUGACGGUGCUCACGGGGAGGGAUACAUCAACGUUACUGUCAAUCCAGAGCCACGAGUUAAUAAGCCACCUGUUGCAGUGGUUUCUCCAAAGUACCAGGAAAUCUCCCUGCCUACAAGCUCCACUGUGAUUGACGGCAGUCAGAGUACUGAUGAUGAUAAAGUGGUGUCGUGGCAUUGGGAAGAGGUGAAGGGGCCACUCGGAGAGGAAAAAGCCUCGGGUGAUACUGCUAUUCUCACUCUCACCAACCUGGUUCCUGGUAACUACACCUUUAGUCUUACGGUGACUGACUCGGAUGGAGCUCAGAAUUCAACACAAGCCAUGUUGUUAGUCAACAAGGCCACGGACUACAGGCCUACAGCUAAUGCCGGACCCAACCAAGUGAUCACCUUGCCACGCAACUAUAUCACACUGUAUGGCAAUCAAAGCACUGAUGACCAUGACAGUCUAUCCUAUGAAUGGUCACUCAGCCCUGAAAGUAAGGGCAAGGUGGUGGAGAUGCAGGGUGUGAGGACGCCCAUUCUGCAGCUGUCUGCCAUGCAGGAGGGUGACUACACCUUUCAGCUAACCGUCACUGACUCGUCUGGCCAGCAAGACACGGCUCAGGUCACUGUCAUUGUCCAGCCAGAAAAUAACAAGCCACCUGUAGCGGAUGCUGGUCCAGACAAGGAGCUGACGCUUCCAGUCGAUCGUACCACGCUGGAUGGCAGCAAGAGCAGCGAUGACCAAAAAAUUGCCACGUACCACUGGACAAAGACCAAUGGCCCAGAAGGGGUGAAAAUUGAUAAUGCAGACACUGCAGUUGCUGUGGUGACCGGUCUGCAGGAGGGCGAGUACAUUUUCACAUUGACAGUGACCGAUGAAAGGAUGCUGGAGAAUUCUGAUGCAGUCUCUGUCAUUGUCAGAGAAGAGGAUGAUCAGCCACCAGUUGCCAAAGUGCUGUCCAGUCCUCCGAUCACUCUUCCCAUCCGUACAGCAAUUCUGGACGGUUCUCGAUCAUCAGAUGAUAAGGGCAGCAUCAGCUACCUCUGGACCCGUGAAGAGAGCAGUCCGGCUGCAGGGGAUGUCCUGAAUAACUCUGACCAUCAGGCAGUGCUUUUUCUUGGUAAUCUGGUGGAAGGGAAGUACUCUUUCACUCUGACUGUAACUGACAGUAAGGGAAAGAUCAGUACUGACAGAGGCACCGUAGAGGUUCGACCAGAUGUUUACGAGCGAGACUUGGUGGAGCUGAUCCUGGAAGUUGCUGUGGCUCAGGUGUCCCGCAGACAGAAGGAUAUGCUCAUCAGACAAGUUGGCGUCCUGCUGGGUGUCCUGGACAGUGACAUUGCUGUGCGAGAGAUUAGCGCCUUCAAUGAGCAUAGCACUCGCUUGGUAUUUCUGGUAUCUGGAGGUCCUGGACGACCUCCAUUGGCCGGCCAUAGUGUUGCUAUGGAACUACGCAACAAAUUUCGCAAGCAAAAAAAUGAAUUCCUUAUCUUUAGGGCCCAGCGAGUAGACACAGUUAUCUGCCAGCUGAACUGCUCCGGUCACGGGGAAUGCGAUUCCUUCACCAGACGUUGUGUGUGCCACCCGUUCUGGAUGGAGAAUUUAUUCAAUACUUAUUUUUGGGAUACUGAGAGCAAUUGUGAAUGGAGUGUAUUAUAUGUGACGAUAGCAUCGUUCAUGAUCGUGGUUGCUGUCGCGACUGUAAUAUGGGGUAUCGUGUGCUGCUGUCGAAGACGGAAAAGCAAAGUACGACGAAAGAGCCGCUAUAAAAUGCUGGAGGGGGAUGAUCAGGAGUCUCUGGAGUUACAGUUACCAAGACCUGGUCGCUUGAAGCCGGUUCCUGCUCCCACAUCUUCUGCACUCAUGCACUCUGAUUCUGAUCUGGAAAGUGAUGAUGGUCAAGCAGGAAUCCCCUGGUCUGAUCGAGAGCGUGGAAAACUCCUGCCACCCCAAAACGGAUCUCUGCGUAACGGCCAAGUUCCUCAUAAACCUAAAAAACAAAGAGAGGAGCUGCUUUAGCACACAAACCAAACCUCUCGUAUCGCACCAACGCACUGUUCACCCCUCAUCCACGACACGUGUCAUGACUUUAAUUCAGGAGGGACUUGCAGGACGUCACGAAUGAUGACCUCUGCACCUGCAUCCCUGGGCUGAAUCGCAGCCCAGUCUGAGCCAAAAUGAAAAUGUGUUUAAACCUGAAUGGUGGAAAAAGACAAAGCUGUAGAGCCAUGCACCUCAAAAAGACAAUGGGAAUGUACCUGCUUUACUGCAGAGAAAGACUAGCGAUAUAUGUGCCAGCAGAACCUGGAAAGGGUUGGGCAUUUCAAAGUAGCUCUCUGAGAAACUUUUCCCCACCAGAAUGUCACAUCUCACCGCCUGCCUCACUGUCCCCUUUCUACGAAGCUUCCUGAUAUGACAGGCAGCCUGUCACAUUCAAACACUGCCUGGCAUGUCUAUUAAUUUGUAUAUUUUUACUUGUCGUAAUAAUGCAGAGAGUGAGUUUUACGGCACCCAAUAACGCCAUGUUGUAUGACUGCAUGAGAAGGCAAGAUUUUGCUUCCCUCGUUCAUUUUUAUGGUUUGCAUGUUUUAAAUUGAGAUGUGCGUGUCCUACUCUUGUGUGACUGAAUGUCAAAGGUGUGUUUUUGCCCCUUUGCCACUUUAAACACCAGCAAAAGUGACAUCUGCAGCAUAAAUAGCCAUGUUUGUCAGGGGUUUAAGGAGGGGUAUUGUACACUGGAAAAUGCUUUGGAUGUUCCACUGGGGCCAGUCGCUUACCCCCCUCUGGUUUUGUGAAUGAAUAUGACAGGAUGGUGUCUGGCUGGCUUACUCAAACUGGAAUUGGCCACUAGUCAAUAAGUCAUGUUUUUGUUACACUUGGUUUGGUUUGCGUUUGUACUGCAUUUUACUCUGUUUUUGAUUGUUGAUUCAUCAGAAAUCAUCACUCAGUUUUAAAAUAAUUUCAGCUCAGCCAUUUUAGACGAGACGCUUCAUUUACAGUGUUCCCUGAUGGUUUGUUAUGAAAGAGUUGAAUGUUAUCUAGACAAUGUGUGUGCGAAUAUUUUUAUUUUUUUUCUCCCCACAUGUCUGAGUCUUGCACAUUUUGAAUGCAUGGGGAAAAAAAUGAAGGGAUUAAACCAUGCUUUUUUGUUGCUGUUUUAGUGAAGAAUUCCCUGUUUCAUGUGAUUUGUUCUAAUAACUGGAGUAAAUAAAAAGAAAAUAUAUUUA